AUGCCGAAUUAUAAGGCCCCUCUCCCCCCCUACAACUUUAAAAGCAAAAUAGAGAAAAUCGAUGAGGAAUUCCGCAAGAGUGGAACAUUCAAAAGAAUAAACAAUCGCAAGAACAAUGAAAUAAGGGACAUGUUUAUAAAACUGGGAGCCGAUGAAUAUUCCGAUGCAUCAUGCUUUUAUUCCUUAGGAAACACCAAAAUAUUGGCACUCAUAUAUGGGCCGAAACCCGACUCUAAGAAUGCAACUUACGACAAGGGAAAAGUUUUUUUAGAAAUCAAGAGCCUGAAUAUGAAUAUCGUUGAGGAUAAUGAUAAGAGUGAUGAAGAUAUAAGAAAUUUGUUAAUAGAAUGUAUUUCAGGCAUAAUCCUGUUGGAACAAUACCCGCAAUGUUCUAUUAACAUAAAGUGUUUAAUAAUUCAAAACGAUGGAGGAUGUCUGAGCGCAACCCUGACGUGUAUAUCACUUGCAUUAAUCAAUGCGCAAAUAAAAACGCGAGAUAUUAUUGUGUCCAUAAAUAUAAAUUCAAUAAUUUGCCCAAACACAAAGAGAGUUUUUCACCUUGUGGAUGUUGACAGUUUGGAGGAAAAAUAUUAUGGAAGUAAAUACGAAAUGAAUAGUAUAACCUUGGGAAUUUGUCUAAACCUCAAAACUGUGUGUUUUUUUCAUGGGUCAGGAAAUUCUUUUAAUAAUAAAUCAUUGUCUGAGAUUAUCAGCUAUGCCGAAUGUGCUUGUAGAUCCUUGGGGUGUGAGAUAAAGACAGUAUUAAAAAAUUACCUGAUGAAGAAGCAGGAAAUAUCAUGCAUUUAG